AUGCGCCAAAGAUUCCAGCAGGUCGGAGGUGCCCUGCGCACCCUUGUGGCAAGCCAGACGGGCUACAAUCGAGCCGUGGAGCUGCAGAUGGUCGAGGCAGAGAACUUCGCGACCGUGAGACGUGCCUUUGCGGGCGAGUUGAAUAACGUCGAAAGCAAGACGAUGCCUACCAGGCUCUUCACGUACGUCAGCCCGGAUGGGAUGUCAGGAAAUGUUGCAUUCUGUUCUCCCGGUGCUGCUGCACUGAUUAUCGAGAAGCACUACGACCAGCUUGUGAACUUGUGGUCCGAUACAAGCAAUCCAAUGUCGAGCUAUUGGCUCGAGGAUUCUGUAGGCCCACUUUUGACAACCUUUUGGCCAGGCAAAGAAGGGCUUGCAGCCUUUGCAGUCACCAACACUGCCGCACCUGGGAAAAGGGCACAAUGGUACCGACAAAACGUCAACGACUUGAAGGUUGAGCAGGGUUUGCAGCUUCUAAAGUGCGACACUGAGCACAGCUUUGAUGCCAGAUGGCGGAACGCUGUGCAGAAACGCAGUCUAGAAAAAUGUGUUCUGCACAGCCCACGUGGUUACCCGGGCAUCGACUACCUGCUGGACUUCAACCACGGCAUCUCCGUGACCUCCUCCACCUCUCAUGGCAUUGCGCAACUGUUUCUUGACAAGUUGAAGCAGAUGUUCGAAAACACUGAGGGAAGUCGUUUCACUCUCACGUUUCUCAUUACAGAAGAUCCUGCAAAAUUCGCACCGGACGGAAAUGAAUUUAAUGCACUAAUGGACAUGGCGGGUCAAGGUGAGAAGGCGGUGUUUGUCAAUGUUUGUGUGCAGGCACCGCAGGGCAUGGUUGUGAGUCAGGGCAUAGAGGGAAGUGAAUUCAAGGCUCCGCUGAUGCUCGAGACGGUCAUCUGUCCCGUUUGA